AUGACGAAUGCACUUCAAAGUGUUUUUGAUGUUUGUGGUACACAAGCUCAAUUAAUUGUUCGUGGUAUCAAUAAUGGAAUUGUAACAAAAAUAUGGGGUUAUACAAAUACUGCUCAGGGUGCAAAUCUUGGUGAUCUUCAUGUUGAUAAUCUGCGUGUUAUUCUUUGUGAUUUUACAGUUUCGGCAUCAGUACCGGAUGGUACAGAAAUAGAUGUUCUUGAAUAUGAGUUGCGAUACAAUCAUCCUAAUGAUAUUCAAAGUGAGCCAUUCAUAGUUACUGGUAAAUUACCAAUAAUAUUUGUUGGUGAUGAAUCAUUAACUAAAAAAAUUGAUCCAAAAGUACAAACAUUACAUGCUGUUCAAGU